AUGAGUUGCACGCAGAAGUUUCCCGAUGCUCUCUUGGAGCUGAUCCAGACGUCGAAGUACGUCCACCUGGCGACCGCCUCCCGGGACUGCAUCCCCUCCGUAUCCCUCAUGAACUACAUCUACGUCCCUCACACGCAGGCGUUUGGUGCCCACAGUGGUGACGCAGACACAAGGGACUACAUCCUGUUCGCAACCUUCGACAACACGGAGAAGUACACAAACAUCCUCGCGAACCCUGUGGUCUCGCUGUUGUUCCACGACUGGGUUGCCGCUAACAAGCUCUCCGUCCGGAAGUCCAGCACGGGGGCAGUGCUCGAGCCCACCAGGGAACACCCGAGCAAGCUGUUGAACCUGCUACAGCAGCUGAACCAGGCGGAGCUGAACGAGAUCAGCGCGACCAUCAGAGGCCACGCAACACCUAUCGACCCACAAUCGGAAGAGUCCGCUCACUACAAGCAGAUUCUGCUUAAGGCGAACCCCGAUGCCGAGGUGUUCAUCACGGGGAAGAACACUGUGGUCGUCAAGGUGGUUAUUGAGAGUGCCAAAGUCACAGACAACGAGAACAACACCAGUGUUUACAAGUAA